AUGAAGUUCAACGUGUUUUUACUCAUUGCGCCACUGCUCUUGAAUGGCGGAGUAAUCGAACUGGAAGUUUUUGAUAUCGGCUAUGUACAAGGUUGUAAGUCGCUCAUCUUUCACAUUAUGCAUUCGCAGGCAACAGUUUCAUUUUUGGAACCCACAAGCAAAGACCGUUACUGGACUUGCAACUGUUUACGGCCGAUUUCAGCCUCCGUGAUUUUAAUUGCGCCGACACUUACGGCAAAUGUAAGACACUUUGCAAGCAAGGUAAGCGACGCUCAGGAAGAGAGAUCUGACUGUGGCUACUUCAGAAACCUUCUGCGCUUUGUAUUGCAGCCCCAUGUGUUGCGUAGGCAAAGAAGUCGCUGAUGAAGUAUGUAAAGCUCGCAAGAACGACUAUUAUCAGCAUUUGUCGACAAAAUUCAAAGUGCUGAGUGCGUAUUGGAGAUCGCGGAGCAACCGUGAUAGCGGAGUUUGGGUCGAAGACGAGAUACAGUUAUUGGACUUCUCACAUAACACCGUAAACAUUGGAAUAACAAACUUUACACUACAGGUGGCCUCCGCUCCGUACUUGAACGCAGAGGACCGGUCACUGUAAGUCAUUUGCUAUUCCAAAAUCGUAAUUUUCAGCGGUGAAAUUGGAUUUGGCCGUGACCCCUAG